AUUCCCGCUGGAGGGCGCUGCGGUCGCUCCGACGAUUCGCCUUUGGGGCGGCCUCGGUUCUCGUUGGCGCCCAGCGUCUCCAAGGACAUGAUUGGCCGAGUCGCGGCAGCUACUGGCCCACUUGUCCCCACCCACCGGGGAAAGCGCCUUGCGAUCCGCCGUGCUCCAGCUGGUGCUGCUGAGGUCUGGCCUCCGCCAGCUGACGGAGCCGCUUCAACUGCAACUCUUCCUCCUCAGCCGCUGCCGCAGGGAACCCACCGACCCACAAACCAGCUCCCGCCGGCGCGGUGCCGCCGCCUCUUAUUUGUUUUCUGUUUUUGUAUUUUGAGAUGGGAUCUCGCUCUGUUGCCCAGGCUGGAGUGCAGUGACACCAUCUCAGCUCACUGCUGCCUCCGCCUCCCAGGUUCAAACGAUUCUCCUGCCUCAGCCUCCUGAGUAGCUGGGAUUACAGGAAUCCAGAUGCAGGCCAAGUACAGCAGCACAAAGGACAUGCUGGAUGAUGAUGGGGACACCACCAUGAGCCUGCAUUCUCAAGCCUCUGCCACAACUCGGCGUCCAGAGCCCCGGCGCACAGAGCACAGGGCUCCCUCUUCAACGUGGCGACCAGUGGCCCUGACCCUGCUGACUUUGUGCUUGGUGCUGCUGAUAGGGCUGGCAGCCCUGGGGCUUUUGUUUUUUCAGUACUACCAGCUCUCCAAUACUGGUCAAGACACCAUUUCUCAAAUGGAAGAAAGAUUAGGAAAUAUGUCCCGAGAGUUGCAAUCUCUUCAAGUCCAGAAUAUAAAGCUUGCAGGAAGUCUGCAGCAUGUGGCUGAAAAACUCUGUCGUGAGCGCUAUAACAAAGCUAGAGCACACAGGUGCAGCCCUUGUACAGAACAAUGGAAGUGGCAUGGAGACAAUUGCUACCAGUUCUAUAAAGACAGCAAAAGUUGGGAGGACUGUAAAUAUUUCUGCCUUAGUGAAAACUCUACCAUGCUGAAGAUAAACAAACAAGAAGACCUGGACUUUGCCGUGUCUGAGAGCUACUCUGAGUUUUUCUACUCUUAUUGGACAGGGCUCUUGCGCCCUGACAGUGGCAAGGCCUGGCUGUGGAUGGAUGGAACCCCUUUCACUUCUGAACUGUUCCAUAUUAUAAUAGAUGUCACCAGCCCAAGAAGCAGAGACUGUGUGGCCAUUCUUAAUGGGAUGAUCUUCUCAAAGGACUGCCAAGAAUUGAAGCGUUGUGUCUGUGAGAGGAGGGCGGGAAUGGUGAAGCCAGAGAGCCUCCAUUUCCCCCCUGAAACAUUAGGCGAAGGUGACUGAUACCCCCUGCAACUACAAAUAGCAGAAUGAGCCAGGCGAUGCCAAUGCAAGGGCUACCUGAGACACUGGGAAAUGGAACAUAAUCAGGAAAGACUAUCUCUCUGACUAGUACAAAAUGGGUUCUCGUGUUUCCUGUUCAGGAUCACCAGCAUUUCUGAGCUUGGGUUUAUGUACAUAUUUAACAGUCACAAGAAGUCUUAUUUACAUGCCACCAACCAGCCUCAGAAACCCAUAAUGUCAUCUAUCUUCUUGGUUUAGAGAUAACUUUUAGCUUUCUUUCUUCUCAAUGUCUAAUAUCACCUCCCUGUUUCCAUGUCUUCCUUACACUUGGUGGAAUGAGAAACUUUUUGAAGUAGAGGAAAUACAUUGAAGUAACAUCCUUUUCUCUGACAGUCAAGUAGUCUACCAGAAAUUAGCAGUCACUUCCCAGACUGUACCACCAAAUACACAAGGAAUUCUUUUUGUUUGUUUCAGUUCAUACUAGUCCCUUCCCAAUCCAUCAGUAAAGAUCCCACCUGCCUUGUCUAUGCCAUUUCCCAACAGGGAUGUCUCUUGAUAUAAGAAUCUCAAUGCCUUAUAAACAUUCCUUCCUGUGUCCAUUAAGACUCUGAUAAUUGUCUCCCUUCCAUAGGAAUUUCUCCCAGGAAAGAAAUAUAUCCCCAUCUCAGUUUCAUAUCAGAACUACUGUCCCCGAUAUUCCCUUCAGAGAGAUUAAAGACUAGAAAAAAGUCAGCCACUUCAUCUGCACCUGUAAUAGUUUCAGUUCCUAUUUUCUUCCAUUGACCAUAUUUAUACCUUUCAGGUACUGAAGAUUUAAUAAUAAUAAAUGUAAAUACUGUGAA